UGUUUUUUGUUUUGUCGCCAAGGGAUAUUUAUUUUGAAGAAACUUAUUUUGUACAGUUUGAGUUUGCUUGAACUUUGUGGUCCACCUUAAGAGGCGGGCCUUAACACUCUAAACCAAUCAGCGAGCCGUUUUGCAUUUAAAUAGCUCUGUGUUUCAGUUUUUUCUAUCUUCCCCCUCCCCAGUCAAGCUCCACUCUCAAUCCCUAGUACAUCUUUCAAUCGCCAUAUUGGGUACUGAGAAGGUUUGUCUGCCGUUUUUCUCACUACGGCCGUAUUGACAGAGCGGCUCCUGAUCCUGGGCACCUUUAUUUUCAUGGUCUACGGAGAGGUUUUUCGGCUUCAAAACACCGCGGCCGUUACAGUCUCCCGCUCGACGUAUGCAUGGCAUAAGUGGCUUUACGCUUGUUUUGGAUACCGCGCAACGACAAGGAGAUACCGUUGUUUUUCAGCUGUGCAUUUUUCUUGUUAAAACUGGACGCUGCCGGCUGUUUGAAUCUUUUUUGCCUUUCUUCGGGGGGAAAAUGUCAGAUGUUCGACUGUCUAACGGGAGCCCGACGUUGGAGCGGACGGAGCCCCGGGUGUCGGAUCCCCCUCAGCCGUCGCUGUGCAGAAGCCUCUUCGGCCCCGUGGAUCACCAAGAGUUAAAGAGGGAUUUAAAGAGACAUUUGCGGGAGAUGGAAGAGGCUGACUCCGCCAGGUGGGGCUUCGACUUCGCCAAUCACACGCCGCUGACCAACAGCAGGUUCGAGUGGGAAUUAGUGGAUUGUAAAGACGUGCCGAGUUUCUACAACAGGCAGCCGCGGAGGGAGAAGGGCGUCUGCUCUUCUGGGAAUAACAAUGUGGAUCUAAAUGGGAAUCAUAACUGUGUUGUGGGGGCUCCGAGUGAAGACAGCGACAGGUCUGAGGCGCAGAUGGAGUGCACGGAGCAGUGCACCGGGCGGAGGAAAAGACCUGCAUGUCACGACCCCUCGGUCUCUGACGAGGUUAGCUUUCAAAGCCUGAGCCAUUCUGCAGAACACACGCCCAGAAAGAUCAGUCCCAAGAGGCAAACGUGAGGACGAGAAACGAGCCAAUUCCCUGUUUCUACGUGGGGAGACCUCAGUGUUGGCUGUUUUUUUUUUUUUUUUUUUUUUUUUUUUUUUUAUGCUUGGAAGAAGAACUACACAGCAUCAGAAACAUAUCAACUCUCCUGAGGACGGGGGAGGACGCUGUUGAAGCACUGAAUAGAAACACUAAAGUUGUGGCACUCAAUUAAAAAAAAAGUUACUGCCUCUGAAAGCAGUCUAUGUAGCAGUGUGCAAUUAGGUUUGAUUUCCUUUUUUGCUCCUUUUUUACUACCUGUGUGUAAAUAAAUAUACAUAUUAUAAUAUUAUAUUUCUCUCCAAACGAGCACAUAAAAACAUUAUGAUUUGAACACAAAUCUUCUAUGUAAAAAGGUGUGAAUUUUUUUGAUUUGACUUGAAGAAUUGCAGUGUAGUUUGAUACAUGUUUCCAAAAUGCUGUUCUGUUUUUUUUUUUAUUAUUUCCUGAAAGGCAGUGUGACUUUAAUCCAGUCCCUAAUUUUUACAUUUAAAACAAAAUCAUGGUUUCUUACAGUUUCUUAACAGUGUAUCUUCACUCCGUCAUCUUCCAAACUGUGCAGUGAAGAACGGUACAUAUGUAGCUUUUCCUUUUUUUUAUCUUCCUCUUUACCAUAAAGUGAAGGUUCUCCUAUUAGAUCUACUUCCCUGGAAUUUAAAAGACUAAAAUAGCGUUUCCUCCUCUCCAUAGCCCAAUAUUUAUUCUGUGAUGGAUGCCUUUGGUGUCAUGUUAAUCCUGGAAUAUUAUCUUUAAUUUCUCUCAAGUUCUCCUGCACACCUCAGCCACUUACUGGUGUGAUUUCUUCCUCUGGAGUUUUGAGGUACUCAGAUAUUGAAGGACAAAGACCAUACGAACUGCACAGGUUGUAUUGUAAACUCUCUGACUGUUUUUCUUUAGUUUUAUUUCUCCAUAGUGAGAGAGAGAGGGGGUUUCUGAAUGUCCUACAAUACCAAAUACAUGGUUGCUUCAGUGCUAGCCUGUGCUCCUUUAAUUGACUUCACAAUGUGUUACUUUGUGAUAACCUUGACUUUGAUUUCCAUGUUUGUACUUUUGUUUUUUGAGCCUGCUGAGGAUGCAAAUGUGAGCGUCCAAAAGCUUCCCUUUAUUUGCCUAAAGUGUGGGUUAUAUUCAAAGUGACCACCUGGACCGAGAGAGAGAACACAGCUCGUCUCAGAAAAUGCAGUCACCAUGCCUGUGUAUUUGUGUAUAUCUUUGCAAUGUACCUAUGUACAUAAUUUUGUAAAAACACUGAGAAAUUAUACUAACUUAUUUAUGUCAAGCUUUUUUAUGUAGAAUAAAAAAAUGGGUUUUUGA